CGGUAUCACGGGAAGUCAAGCUCUUUCCAAUUCAUUCAAGAAGCCUUGGAUACCAAAGCGGGGCAACCGGGAACGCUGUACCAUGUCACAGAUUUCACUUCUCUGCGAGCCGAGUUUUGGGAUUUCCGUCCGUGGAACAAUCCCCACCGCUAUGUUCCGCAAGGAAUGCACUUCAGAUUUCCACCUGGGGAACUUAUGCCGACGCUCAUCGACGUGUACUUUAUGUACAUUAAUCCGUUUCUUCCCAUCCUCCAUCGACCGACGUUUGAUAAAUCUUUGAAGGAGGGGCUGCACUACAAAAAUUACCAGUUCGGAGGAGUCGUUCUGGUCGUCUGUGCCCUCGGGUCCAAACACGUAGAUGAUCCUCGAGUCCUCAUGGAAGGUGAGCAGUCAAAGUGGUCGAAUGGGUGGAAGUGGGCAGCUCAGGCCACAAGUCGGCGUCGUGCGUUUCCUUCCUUGGAUCCUCCAAACUUGUAUGACAUACAGGCCUGCUGUCUUCUCUCUGAAUUUUACCUGAGUUCCUCAGCACCGCAGCAAUCCUGGACCAUGGUAGACGUCGGCCUGCGGAUUGCGCAAGAUACAGGAGCUCACCGAAAGAAGACAACACGUAACAGUCGGGCCGAACUGUGGAAACACGCAUUUUGGUGUCUUGUAUGUAUAGAUAGUCUCCUUAGCUCGGCAUUGGGUCGAGUGUGUACCAUAUAUGAUGAAGACAUUGACAUUGACCUGCCCACAGAGUGUGACGAUGAGUGUUGGGAACAUCCUGACCCCCAACAGGCUUUUAAGCAGCCUCCCGGGAAACCGUCAAACGUGUCGUACUUCAAUUGUACCCUGCGGUUGACACGGCUGAUUAUGAUGUGCUGCGCACUAUUGUACUACUCAAUCCAUAAAUCAAAAGUCCUUUUUGUCCUCAAGAAAGACUGGGAACAGCAAAUAGUCGUCGAGCUUGACUCUGCGUUGGACAAAUGGGUAGACUCUAUUCCAGAGCAUUUACGAUGGGAUCCCGACCGUGCUGACUUGUUGCAUUUCCAUCAAUCCGCAUACCUUCUAUUGUUAUACUACCAUCUUCGAAUGUUCAUUCACCUGCCCUUUAUCACGGCUCCAAGCAGCGGCUUUGAUUCCCCCUCCCUAUCUAUAUGCACAAAUGCCGCACGCUCGUGUACUCGCAUCGCAGAGCUACCAAUUCAGAGGAAAAACAAUCACUUUCCCUCUGUGUUGUCCUUCAAUGCGGCAAUUGUUCUCCUGAUAAAUAUCUGGGGCCGACGGCGGGCAGGGUUGGGCAUUGACGUCGAUAAAGAGAUGGAGGGCGUGCAUAAGUGCAUGCGAGUACUUGCAGAUCUAGAGAUACGGUACGUAUAUAUGGACAUUUUAUACGAGCUAGUGUCCGCUGAUGAUCUUCCGCUUCCUGGCUCUAGAGAAAAAGAUGUAGCCGAAUCCUCCGAACUUGCAGAGUUUGCCGACCAGAAGCCGUACCCUGAUCCUCAACAGUCACUAUACACCCUACCGAUAAAUGACACCCACCUUGAACGAAUGCCUCUCCACGGACAGGUUGAUCUGUCAGAUCACCCCUCUGAUUGGUCCAACGCUAAUCCGUACAACUGGUCCGCGGCUCCCGUUACUGCCAGCCAAGUUGAUGAUGUCAUGAGGGCGAUAUGGGAUAGGGCACCCAGCGGAUUAGAGUACGUUCUCGUUCCUCUUACGUUGGAUAGGGUGAACUGA